ACACACACACACACACACACACGCCGAUGGACUCGACGUAUAUAUACCCACACACUCAGAAAUGUAGGAACACGUGCCCAUGACUCACACCGCUCCCCAGGGCCAGGAAGUGGCAAGAGGAGGAAAUGACUAUUGGGGCCUUUCACUCGCUUGCAGAUGCCCGGCAAACAGAACGCCUGGUGGACUGUAGCAUCCGCCAUGAAGCUCUUUGUCUUUCUGCUGCUUGUCUGUGUGAGCCUCAGUGGUCCUGUAGAUGCUCAAGGUACCUCAUCCCCACUUGUGGAGCAGGAGGCAGAUGGCGAUAGAGCCACAACUGAGUCCUUUUUGCCUUCCACAGCAGAGGAGCCAGAGGCUGAAAGUAUGACGGCAAGCCCUCAGAAUUUCCAGCAACGAGAGAAUGCAUCACUAGGAGUAGAAGAGACAUCUGUAGCUGAAGUGGAGACAACUAAAGGCAUCGCCCCUAGCAGUGUGAGCUUCACCAGUGCUGCAGAAGUUACCCAAGCUCAACAGCCAUCUGUAGACCAGAGGAGGAGAACAGAUGUUUGGAAGGUAGAUUACCAAGAGAAUGUUUUCCAUUAUGAUUACUAUUCCCUGCGCAAAGGGGGCUUGAUAGCUGCUGCCAUCCUCUUCAUCCUUGGCAUUCUCAUUCUCACCUGUGGGAAACAUGGAAAAUCUCGAUGCAGAGGGAAGAAGCGGACAAGGAACUAUGACGUGACUCCAGCCUGAAGCCAUCUCCUAUCCUCUGGAGGACUGCACUGAUUGGGAGGAGCAGGGCGGGGUGGGUGGGGCUGCUUUGAUUGACAGAUCUGCUUUGACAGAUCGUAAUGUAACCUGUUAUCCCCCAAUAGGGGAGCACUCCCUUAGCUCCCCCACCCCAAACCCAUCCAUCCUCUGCCUGACACAUCCUGGUUUGUCCUCCAUUUGCUCCCACAACCUCCGUCCAUUUUUCUUGGCCUACAAGAAGCGUUGCCUUUUCUCGUGUUACAACUGCAACAAAAGUUGUGUUUUCAUUACAUUAAACCAGCCUCGCUGUAGAACAAGAACAUUUGUGAAUUCUUUGUUCUUUCCCUUGUGCAUCCUGAGGCUGGGGAGGGAGAUGCUGCCUGGAUCUGAGGGCCUGGCUGUCGACACUCCAGGCCAAGAAAAACCCUAUGGUCCUCCAUCUGCGCCAAGAAGGCUCAAAUUCUGUACUUGCAAUACAGUUUUGGCGUGGCUUCUUUUUUCUACGUUUGCUGGCUGUAUUUGAUUUCAUGCUUUCGCUGGCGUCUUAUAUGCAGCCAUGUUCUAAGAGAAGUCAUCGUGCCAGAGGGAUAUUGCUGUUCCCAGUGCCAUGAACUGUCAGCAAAAUAUUCAUGGUGUUGCAACUGGCUCCAUUUACUUGUGAGGACCCAAUUUCCUGGCUUUGUAAAGACCAACAUUACAUUGCUGCUGCUUUUUUUUUGUUUUUUUGUUCUUUGGAGAGAGAGUGAGAGAGUGAUAUUGUUUAUUUUAAAUAGAUUUUAUUUGAUUUUACAAAAUGAUUCACACAAUAAUAUCAUUACAAGUAUUAAAAUUUGCAUAUGAUUCUUCUGAUUUCUCAAGACUUCCCUCCUUCGCUCCGUGGGUUCUUUAAAUAACUUUUUUU